AGAGAGAUAAAGAGAGAGCAGAAGUUUGUAACCGACGUGGAAAAGAAAAUUGACCGACUCAGAGCGUACCAACAACACACACAUGUUGCUCCUUUUCAUACGCUGCUCUUAACACCUUCUCUCUCAUGGAGCAAUAUUGGGCUGUUUAUGAAGCACACAGGUUGAAUUGAGUGUACAAUGCACACGGUAUAAGUAGAAGAAAAGGGAAAGUUGAAGAAUGGUUAGAGGCUUUUUGUUACAUUCGAUUUAGCAGAAUAAGAUUGGCAGAUUUGUUUAGUAAUUUUGUUUUGUAAAUGUCUGAAUUGGUGGCUCGGACUGGUCGACAUCAGCAGCGGUAUGAGGCUGGUUAUCGCCUUAUCGCCGGGUGUAUUCCAUUUAGGUUCAGAAAUAUGGAAGACAACAGUGGUGAGUCAUCUGAGAAGAUAGUUGAAGUAUUGAUGAUAAACUCGACAAGUGGGCCUGGUCUUCUAUUUCCAAAGGGUGGUUGGGAAAAUGAUGAAACAGUCAAGGAGGCAGCUAUCCGUGAAGCCAUAGAGGAAGCUGGAGUUCGAGGGGAUCUAGUGCACUUUCUUGGACACUACCUGUUUAAAAGCAAGACACUUCAGGACGAGUUCAGUCCAGAAGGUUUGUGUAGAGCUGCCAUGUUUGCUUUGUUGGUGAAGGAAGAGCUUGAGUGCUGGCCUGAACAGAGCCUUAGAAGAAGAAGUUGGCUGACAGUUCCAGAAGCAAUUGAAUGUUGCCGGCACCCAUGGAUGCGACAGGCUCUCGAUGAAGGAUUUUUGAAGUGGCAUGACAGUGGUAAGACAAGCACAAUGAAUUGCAAGGACUAGUUUUUGAGGUUUUUUUUUUUUUUUCUCAACUUCCCGGGAGGAAGACACCGGUCCUCAAACUCAAAGUUGGAUGGUGUCAUGGUGUGUAUUAGCUUCAGUUCCAUUUUAGGACUAGGAGGUAAGAGAAUCAGCAAAUAGUUUGUCUUAGAUAUUGAACCGCAUUUUAAUGAUUCCAUGAUGAAUAGACUUGAUGGUGAAUUGGGAAGAACAAAGAAGACAUCUUCAUUAUGUCUAACCAACUACAUUUGGUUCGAUAACCUUGUUGUGGACUAACCAAAUUAGUUAGUUUAACAAAUGAUGCUUUACGUCCUAGUAUUGUAAUUACGUUGUUAUUCUCGUUUGAUGCGGAUAAAUGUUAUGCAUAUUAUGGGAAACUAUACAAUUUCAUUAUUUCUAUC